AUGAAAGACCUUGUCCUUAGUCAUUAUCUCAAUCCGAAGUACAGCGAUCUGUCUAUCAAAUGUGGUGAUGAAGUUGUUCCAGCCCAUCAGAACAUUAUCUGUCCUCAAUCACAGUAUUUUGAGGUCGCUUGCAAUAGCCGCUUUAGAGAAAGCAACGGCGAGAUCAUCCUCGAGGAUUGUGAUCCUAUGCUCAUCAAAAAGACACUCGAAUUUUUGUACACGGGCGACUAUACUUAUGACGGUUCUCCAAAUACCCAAGCCUUCCUGAACUCGAAAAAUAGUUCCGAAUGUUCGCCCCAAACAGGGGCAGACCUAGAUUUUGAGUUGGAUGGGGACGUCGGACCAUAUCCACGCCCACCUCGGAAAACCAGUACCGCAAAGUUCCAAAGUUGCCAGGCCGUCUUCCACGCUCAAAUGUACGCACAAGGUGAUUAUUUUCAGAUCAACGGGCUUAAGACGAAAGCCAGGCAAUCCUUUGAAAACUCUUUCUUAGAAAAUCCUAAUCGAGAUUCAUUUAACUCUUCCGUAAUUGAAGUAUACAGCUCAACGGAAGAGCACGACCGUGGACUGAGAGAUCUUGUUGUCCAGCUCACGACGGACAAUCUCAGGACUCUGAGGAGGGAGGAGGAUCCUAUAUUCUGUGACAGUCUUUUGGAAUCUGUUCCCAAAUUCAUGCUGGAAGUCUGUCGUUCGACCUUGGACAAGUGUGCUGAGUAUGAGAGGCAGUAUCGAAGCUGGGAUUACUAG